CAAGCGGACCGCUUGUUGGCUUUAAAAAGAUACCAACUGAUUUCUGGCCCUUUAAAACGUGUAACUGGAAAAACAAAAUCUGUUUUACGAGAUAAAUUGGAAUUGUAACUAUUUCGAAACCUCCGGUAUUGUAUUCCAACUCUCCCCGUGCAUGUAGUGACAAACAAUGUCGAAGAAAUAGCUCCCCAGAUGCUAUACUGAAGUUCGGCUACUCUUGUUUAGUUGGAUAAUUGUAACGGUUAUGAUGGAGGAUCAGCACAAUGUUACCCCGAAAAAGAAAUCACUGGAGGCCGACUCGUUUCUGAAGUCACUGGCCAAAUUUACCGCCCCGGCUAGCAACAGUCCCAAGCUACCAUCUAUCAAGGACUUUUGUAUCCUGAAACCGAUCAGCCGGGGAGCUUUCGGGAAAGUUUUUCUUGGUUACAAAAACAAUGACCACAACAAGUUGUUCGCUAUCAAGGUGAUGCGCAAAUCGGAGAUGAUAAACAAGAACAUGGUGUCCCAAGUUAUCACCGAACGAAACGCCCUGGCCUUAUCGCGGAGUCCCUUCUGCGUCACUCUGUACUAUUCACUGCAAACCAUUUCUUCGGUUUAUCUGGUGAUGGAGUACAUGGUUGGAGGAGAUCUAAAAUCUCUGCUUGCCAUGUAUGGAUUCUUUGAGGAGUCUGCGGCCAGAUUUUACGCGGCCGAGAUCUGUCUAGCCUUGCAGUAUUUGCAUCGGCACGGUAUUGUCCAUCGCGACAUAAAACCAGAUAACAUGCUAGUAGCGGCAAGUGGCCACGUGAAGCUGACGGACUUCGGACUCAGCAGGAUCGAGAUGCGUCGGGACCUAGAGAUUUCGGAUUUGAUAAAUUGUUCGCCAAAUUUAAACGCUCGCACACCCGGCCAACUGCUAUCGCUCACGUCUCAUCUAUCGUUUGGGUCCCACGAAAAAAGGCAACAAGAACUUAUCGCCGACAAAGAACCUUUGCACGUUACUUCGGACCAGGAAUCAGAUUCAUCUUUCACAAACUCUAAACAGAACGAUAGUAAAAUGUCCGGUGUUAGUCCGUUUUAUUCCGCCGAGCAAAACGGCAGCCUUAUCGAAGGUUUCAAAGACUACCGAAUAUCGGUGGAACAGGACCGAACGACAGAUUUGACGUCGUCCUAUUAUACGUGCAAUUCGAGUGUUGAUGGUAGAGGCAGUAGCGGAAGCUACGAAUCACUGCAAAAUACUGAUAGUCUUCCGAAUCCUGUUAAGAUAACGAUUAAUCACACCCAAGAGGGGAAAUGUGGUAAACAAUCUAUGCGCGUCACUAGUAAUAAGGAAAACAUAGACAUUAGUAAUACGUCAGCGCCAGCUAGCGGCGAGGACCGGAAGAUGAAAGAUUCCAUGGAUUAUUUGCUAGAGAUUCCCGGUCACAAAUCGCAUAAAACUCAUGUCAGCAACGAUUCGGGAGUAUCCAGUAGGAAAAGUGACAUAUCCAACAUUCCUGCUGAGCUUUCCGCAAUUGAGAAAGCUGAAUGUUCCAAUAACAGCAACAAAGAUGAAUACUCGUGUUCGGAUUUUUCUCGGAGUUACAGCGUUAGUAAUAUAAACGAAUCGACUAGUUCAAAACUUCACUACGAUUCUCCAGUGAAAAAUGGAUCUCGCUGCUUCAAACUUCCCGAAUGCUUCAGAGGCAUUAAACGGCGACGGCAUCCCGUGAGUCGGGUGGAUUCGUUGGCUUCCGAUCCGGACGGAAGCUCAACCAGUACCGGUUUGACGCAGGAAAUAGACGUCCUCGAUAUAGGCAGCAGUACGCCGAAAAAACGGAAAGCCACCUCUCCGGCUAUCAAGGGUGUGCUCAAGGUUCGGUCCCUAUCGGAUGAUGAGAUGCCGCUGACAAAUGAUCACCUCGGAACGGUUCUGUUUUCAACGCCGGUUUCAUCGCAAAAAAUCCGCCGCGAAGGUGGCCAGCUGGGGAAGCUUAAAAGCACCAGAUUUGCUCUGCCAUCCUCCGUCGAGCAGACAAGAAAGGUGCAACCUUUUUUGAAAAUAACCGAUGAAUCUGUGAUGUCCCCAAUUUGUACAAAUCAAAGCACAUCGGUUGUCCAAAAUACACCCAAGACUGUCAAGACGCCUUUCCGGACGCCAAAAUCCGUGCGUAGAGCACCGAUCGGAUCAGACGAAAGAAUACUAGGAACUCCAGACUAUCUCGCCCCGGAAUUGUUGCUUCAACAUGGACAUGGUCCUGCAGUCGAUUGGUGGGCUUUAGGCGUUUGCCUUUACGAGUUCAUGACAGGUGUUCCACCAUUUAAUGACGAAACGCCGCAGAAAGUGUUUGAAAAUAUUCUCAGUCGGAACAUUGAGUGGCCCCAGGACGACGAAUCGCUAUCAGCAGAAGCCGUCGAAGCCGUAGAACAGCUUCUCGAAAUGGAUCCCCAAAAACGGCCACAGGCUCAGCAAAUGCAGGAAAUGGCCUUCUUCGAACCGAUCCAAUGGGAUUCCCUGGAAAGUUCCGCUCCUCCAUUUGUACCUAAUCCCGAUGAUCCACAAGACACCGGCUAUUUCGAGGCGCGCAAUGUGAUGCAACAUCUGAAGCUGUCCAACUUCGAUCUGGACGCAUACUGAUCAGAGCGAGAUGUUUGCGCGGUAAAUCGAAUGGAGGCGGACGCUGGGUGUCUCCCAAAUUACGAGAUAAUUUUGCUACUCGUCGGGGUCAAUUUAAUUAGACAGUUUUAGAAGUUUUUGAAUGACUUUUUACUUUUGAGAACGGCUAAAUGUUAUGCCUUAUCCGGACUAUAACCUGUUGUAAUUAGUGCUAAGUGCCAUAGGGCAAACAACUGGGUCUUAUACCCUAUAGAAUAUU